GACCUGCCAAAGCCCAAGACGACGGAGGUUCUGCAGAAGGGGGUGGAGUCAGUCCAGGAGUACUCGGCGUCCGAGGAGCGGGAGGAGGGGCGGCGUUGGAGAGUGUUCCGUAUAGGAGACCAGGAACACAAAGUCGACAUGAAGGCAAUAGAACCCUACAAGAGGGUCAUCAGCCACGGAGGUCAGACCAUAACCUUUAACCCCUGACCCUAACCCAUAACCCUAGUCCUACAAGAGGGUCAUCAGCCACGGAGGUCAGACCAUAACCUUUAACCCCUGACCCUAACCCAUAACCCUAACCCAUAACCCUAGUCCUACAAGAGGGUCAUCAGCCGCGGAGGUCAGACCAUAACCUUUAACCCCUGACCCUAACCCCUGACCCUAACCCAUAACCCUAGUCCUACAAGAGGGUCAUCAGCCACGGAGGUCAGACCAUAACCUUAACCCCUGACCCUAACCCAUAACCCUAGUCCUACAAGAGGGUCAUCAGCCACGGAGGUCAGACCAUAACCUUUAACCCCUGACCCUAACCCAUAACCCUAGUCCUACAAGAGGGUCAUCAGCCACGGAGGUCAGACCAUAACCUUAACCCCUGACCCUAACCCAUAACCCUAGUCCUACAAGAGGGUCAUCAGCCACGGAGGUCAGACCAUAACCUUUAACCCCUGACCCUAACCCAUAACCCCUAGUCCUACAAGAGGGUCAUCAGCCACGGAGGUCAGACCAUAACCUUUAAACCCCUAACCCUAACCCAUAACCCUAGUCCUACAAGAGGGUCAUCAGCCACGGAGGUCAGACCAUAACCUUUAACCCCUAACCCUAACCCAUAACCCUAGUCCUACAAGAGGGUCAUCAGCCGCGGAGGUCAGACCAUAACCUUUAACCCCUGACCCUAACCCAUAACCCUAACCCAUAACCCUAGUCCUACAAGAGGGUCAUCAGCCACGGAGGUCAGACCAUAACCUUUAACCCCUGACCCUAACCCAUAACCCUAGUCCUACAAGAGGGUCAUCAGCCGCGGAGGUCAGACCAUAACCUUUAACCCCUGACCCUAACCCAUAACCCUAGUCCUACAAGAGGGUCAUCAGCCACGGAGGUCAGACCAUAACCUUUAACCCCUGACCCUAACCCAUAACCCUAGUCCUACAAGAGGGUCAUCAGCCGCGGAGGUCAGACCAUAACCUUUAACCCCUGACCCUAACCCAUAACCCUAACCCAUAACCCUAGUCCUACAAGAGGGUCAUCAGCCGCGGAGGUCAGACCAUAACCUUUAACCCCUGACCCUAACCCCUGACCCUAGUCCUACAAGAGGGUCAUCAGCCGCGGAGGUCAGACCAUAACUUUAACCCCUGACCCUAACCCAUAACCCUAACCCAUAACCCUAGUCCUACAAGAGGGUCAUCAGCCACGGAGGUCAGACCAUAACCUUUAACCCCUGACCCUAACCCAUAACCCUAGUCCUACAAGAGGGUCAUCAGCCGCGGAGGUCAGACCAUAACUUUAACCCCUGACCCUAACCCAUAACCCUAACCCAUAACCCUAGUCCUACAAGAGGGUCAUCAGCCACGGAGGUCAGACCAUAACCUUUAACCCCUGACCCUAACCCAUAACCCUAGUCCUACAAGAGGGUCAUCAGCCGCGGAGGUCAGACCAUAACCUUUAACCCCUGACCCUAACCCAUAACCCUAGUCCUACAAGAGGGUCAUCAGCCACGGAGGUCAGACCAUAACCUUUAACCCCUGACCCUAACCCCUGACCCUAACCCAUAACCCUAGUCCUACAAGAGGGUCAUCAGCCACGGAGGUCAGACCAUAACCUUUAACCCCUGACCCUAACCCAUAACCCUAGUCCUACAAGAGGGUCAUCAGCCGCGGAGGUCAGACCAUAACCUUUAACCCCUGACCCUAACCCAUAACCCUAGUCCUACAAGAGGAUCAUCAACCACGGAGGUCAGACCAUAACCUUUAACCCCUGACCCUAACCCAUAACCCUAGUCCUACAAGAGGGUCAUCAGCCGCGGAGGUCAGACCAUAACCUUUAACCCCUGACCCUAAUCCAUAACCCUAACCCAUAACCCUAGUCCUACAAGAGGGUCAUCAGCCACGGAGGUCAGACCAUAACCUUUAACCCCUGACCCUAACCCAUAACCCUAGUCCUACAAGAGGGUCAUCAGCCACGGAGGUCAGACCAUAACCUUUAACCCCUGACCCUAACCCAUAACCCUAGUCCUACAAGAGGGUCAUCAGCCGCGGAGGUCAGACCAUAACCUUUAACCCCUGACCCUAACCCAUAACCCUAGUCCUACAAGAGGGUCAUCAGCCGCGGAGGUCAGACCAUAACCUUUAACCCCUGACCCUAACCCAUAACCCUAGUCCUACAAGAGGGUCAUCAGCCGCGGAGGUCAGACCAUAACCUUUAACCCCUGACCCUAACCCAUAACCCUAGUCCUACAAGAGGGUCAUCGGAUCAAUUAUAUAAAAAAAAUUUACAGUAACAAUGUCCCAUGCAGAGCAGGUUGUAUUGUGGCGUGUUUGAAACACUGUCAUGUUUUCCAGGUUACUAUGGAGACGGCCUGAAUGCCAUCAUAGUGUUUGCGGUGUGCUACAUGCCUGAGAGCAACCAACCCAACUACCGCUACAUCAUGGACAACCUCUUCAAGUGAGUACAAACCCUGGUGAAACGCCCAAAAUCCUAAUAUUGGGGAUAUUGACUUGCAUUGGUUUUUGGACACACAUGUGGCCAGGUCAUUUAUAUAUAUAUAUUUUUCACCUUUAUUUAACCAGGUAAGCCAGUUGAGAACAAGUUCUCAUUUACAACUGCGACCUGGCCAAGAUAAAGCAAAGCAGUGCGAUCAAAAACAACAACACAGAGUUACAUAUGGGGUAAAACAAAACAUAAAGUCAAAAAUACAAAAAGGAUUGAUGUCUUACCUUGUCCAUAGACUGCUUACAGGGAAAACAAGGUAUCUUUAUAAUUCUGGUGAACUAUCCUUUUAAGUCAGUCACUAAACAGCCUCUCCUCUCCUCUCCUCUCCUCUCCUCUCCUCCCUCUCCUCUCCUCUCCUCUCCUCUCCUCCCCUCUCCUCUCCUCUCCUCUCCUCUCCUCUCCUCUCCUCUCAUUGGAGCUGUUGGUAGCAGAGAGCUACGGUUGAAGUAGGAAGUUUACAUACACUUAGGUUGGAGUCAUUAAAACUCAUUUUUCAACCUCUCCACAAAUUUCUUGUUAACAAACUAUUGUUUUGGCAAGUUCGUUAGGACAUCUACUUUGUGCAUGACACAAGUAAUUUAUCCAACAAUUGUUUACAGACAUAUCACUUAUAAUUCACUGUAUCACAAUUCCAGUGGGUCAGAAGUUUACACAGUUGGAGGUGUACCUGUGGAUGUAUUUCAAGGCCUACCUUCAAACUCACUGCCUCUUUGCUUGACAUCAUGGGAAAAUCAAAAGAAAUCAACCAAGACCUCAGAAAAAAAAUUGUAGACCUCCACAAGUCUGGUUCAUCCUUGGGAGCAAUUUCCAAACGCCUGAAGGUACCACGUUCACCUGUACAAACAAUAGUACGCAAGUAUAAACACCAUGGGACCACGCAGCCGUCAUACCGCUCAGGAAGGAGACGCGUUCUGUCUCCUAGAGAUGAACGUACUUUGGUGCGAAAAGUGCAAAUCAAUCCCUGAACAACAGCAAAGGACAUUGUGAAGAUGCUGGAGGACACAGGGACAAAAGUAUCUAUAUCCACAGUAAAACGAGUCCUAUAUCGACAUAACCUGAAAGGCCGCUCAGCAAGGAAGAAGCCACUGCUCCAAAACCACCAUAAAAAAGCCAGACUACGGUUUGCAACUGCACAUGGGGACAAAGAUUGUACUUUUUGGAGAAAUGUCCUCUGGUCUGAUUAAACAAAAAUAGAACUGUUUGGCCAUAAUGACCAUCGUUAUGUUUGGAGGAAAAAGGGGGAUUCUUGCAAGCCGAAGAACACCAUCCCAACCGUGAAGCACGGGGGUGGCAGCAUCAUGCUGUGGGGGUAUUUUGCUGCAGGAGGGACUGGUGCACUUCACAAAAUAGAUGGCAUCAUGAGGAAGGGAAAUUAUGUGUAUAUAUUGAAGCAACAUCUCAAGACAUCAGUCAGGAAGUUAAAGCUUGGUCGCAAGUGGGUCUUCGAAAUGGACAAUGACAAAGCCCUGACCUCAAUCCUAUAGAAAAUGUGUGGGCAGAACUGAAAAAGCGUAUGCGAGCAAGGAGGCCUACAAACCUGACUCAGUUACACCAGCUCUGUCAGGAGGAAUGGGCCAAAAUUCACCCAAAUUAUUGUGGGAAGCUUGUGGAAGGCUACCCGAAACGUUUGACCCAAGUUAAACAAUUUAAAGCCAAUGAUACCAAAUACUAAUUGAGUGUAUGUAAACUUCUGACCCACUAGGAAUGUGACGAAAGAAAUAAAAGCUGAAAUAAAUAAUUCUCUCUACUAUUAUUAUGACAUUUCACAUUCUUAAAAUAAAGUGGUGAUCCUAACUGACCUAAGACAGGGAAUUCUUACUAGGAUUAAAUGUCAGGAAUUGUGAAAAACUGAGUUUAAAUGUAUUUGGCUAAGGUGUAUUUAAACUUCUGACUUCAACUGUAUAUGAAAGUGUAUCUGAACUAGGGUUUAAUAUUUUCCCGUAAUUUUACAAAUGUUCAAUCCCGAGAAUAAAUCACUUUUCUAUCGGGUGACAUGUUAUUUCCUGCCAAAACAGGAAGUGUCAUUCUAAAGCAUUUAAACCCAUCAGACAGAAUAAUUUGCCAUCUUAAGGUAUAUUACAAAUAACAUCUCAAAUGUUCUUAUUGCAUCUGUUAUAAUUAAUAAUUCAUUAGUCUGAAAAUAUAAUAGUCAUUCAAAAGCAAUAGUCAUGGACUGACUGGACGUGAUUGGUCCUCUGUUAAUUUAAUGUGUGAGGUGAUGAGAACUGCGUGAGCUAAUUACAACUCAAUAAAACGUAUCGUUUAUAUCCAGCUGAAACUGGUUCCUGCUGCUGAGGAGAGAGAGGGAGGGAAAGGAGCCUUGGCCUUGGCUACUGUUGAUUGGGAAGAUGGAGUCGUUUUUCAGUGAAGUAAAAGGAAAGUUAGAGAAGAAAGAGUAUCGUGAAAAGAAGCCGACCAGGGUAAUGUCCUCUGGGACUAGAGGCUAAUACCAGGGUAAUGUCCUCUGGGACUAGAGGCUAAUAACCAGGGUAAUGUCCUCUGGGACUAGAGGCUAAUAACCAGGGUAAUGUCCUCUGGGACUAGAGGCUAAUAACCAGGGUAAUGUCCCUGGGACUAGAGGCUAAAAACCAGGGUGGGUAAUGUCCUCUGGGGAUAGAGGCUAUAACAGGGUAAUUUCCUCUGGGACUAGAGGCUAAUAACCAGGGUAGGGGUAUGUCCUCUGGACUAGAGGCUAUAAACCAGGGUAAUCCUGUCCUAUGGGACUGGGCUAAAACAAGUGGUAAUGUCCUAUGGGACUAGAGGCUAAUACCCAGGGGUAAGGUCCUCUGGGACUCUAGGAGGCGUAAUAACCGGGUAAUGUCUCUGGGACUAGAGGCUAAAUAACCAGGGGAAUGUCUCUGGACUCUGGUAGAGCCUAAUUAACCCAGGUAUGUCCUCUGGACUUAGAGGCUAAGAACCAGGGUAAUUCCUCUGAGGGGACUAGAGGGCUAAAUACAAGGGUAAUGUCCCUGGGCCUAGAAAAGCUAAUACCCAGGGUAAUGUACUCGGGGACAGAAGGCUAAUAACCAGGGGUAAUGUCCUCUGGGAAUAGAGAGGCUAAUAACCAGGGGUAAUGUCCUAGGGGACAGAGGCUACAAGAGGCCUAAUAACCAGGGUUAAUGUCCUCUGGGAACAAGAGGCUAUAAACCGGGUAAUGUCCUCUGGCGGAUAGAGGCUAAAACCAGGGUGGUAAUGUUCCUCUGGGACUAGAGGCUAAUAACCAGCGGUAAUGUCCUCUGGGACAAGUUUUAAUAUUAUAGUGGACAAAGAUGAAAAGGUUGGCGCGGCCAAAUGGACUGUGUGCAACUCCUUAUUCAGGUUUAAUGGAAAUUUGCGAAGAUUUUAUGAAUUUUAGUAUUAGGAUCAUUUCAGGUAUCAUUAUGAUUAUUAUGGAUGAUAUUAUUUUCAUUAUUAUUAUAGGCCUAUUUAAGAAUCUAAACCUACUCUUAAAAUAUGCAAAAGGAGUUUUAUUUAAUUUUGUUGAGACAUUAUCGCUAAAUUACGUUCGAACUGUAAAUUUGUUGCUCCGUAUUUAGUUUAAUAUGGGUUAAAAGUAGGCCUGCUGUAAAAUAAAUAGCAUUAGCCUAUUGCCUUCAGUUGUUGGGUAGGCCUAUGGUAGGCACUGGCCUUUGUUGGUAAUAUAGGCAUAGCCUGUUAACUUUUGUGAAGGUUUAAACCAGUUAUUUAAAUAUGCAACAAGUGUUUUGUUUCAUUCUGUUGAGCCAUUUUCUUUGGCCAAAUUCAGUUCCAACUGUAAUGUGUUUACAGCAAUAGGUAAGGGUUAGGGUUAGGGUUAAGGGUUAGGGUUAGGGUUAGGGUUAGGUUAGGUUAGGGUUAGGGUUAGGGUUAGGUUAGUCUAUAUAAGGGCUACUCACACUCAAACCAUGAAAGGAAAACCAAAGAGGGUGCGACGCAAAACUUUAAUGCCGCAAGAUUAAUAACCUGUUAGUAUUUUUCCUAUAAAGAAUAACUUGACUUACUUUUGAUGUUACCCUUAUAAAGUUAAGACACUUUUGUCAAAGUUUGGUGUGGAAUGGAUAUUAUCAGGCUUAGCUUCUACAGGUCUAUGACUCCCACAGUUGGACUGGAGGCGAGGAAGAUUGUUUUGGCCAACCAGAGUUACUCCUUUAAUCUAACAAUAUAAUGAUUAUCUUUUAUAAAAAAUAUUCUGAUAGAAAAUGAACAAAUUAGCCUCCUUCUGUAGGUCAAUAUCUGUAUAGCAGUAGUAGCCUCUCUGUCGGUGUUGGGAACAUGGCACCGUUCAUAUCUCUCUCUCUCUCUCCGUCUCUCUAGGCCUAAGCUUCUCUUCCAUUAUAUAUAUUUGUUAAAUAUAUCAUACAGUGGACACCUAGGCCUAUAUUCAUUCAAUGACCUGAUGCAUUUAACACUCACAUCUCCGACAGCUGAAUCGAGGUGGACAGUUAUCUCUCUAACCCUAAAACCCUAAAAAAGAAAAAAAGAAACGAGAAGAGAGAGAAAAACAGAAACAGAAAACAAGAAAAAGAAAAAGAAAAGAGAGAGAGAAAAUAACAAAGAAACGAGAGAGAGAAAAAAAAAGAAAGAGAGAUAGCAGAGAAAAAAAAAGAAAAAAGAUGAGAGAAAAAAGAAAAAGAAAAGCCGAGAGAAACAAAGACAGAAAAGAAAAAGAGAGAGAAAAGAAAAAAGAAAACAAGGCAACAAAGUAAGAGAGAGAAAGAAACCGAAAAAAAGGAGAGAGAACAAUAAGAAAAAGAAAAAAGAGAGCGAACAAAGAAAUAUAAGGAAAAAAAGAAAAGAGAGAGGAGAAAAAGAAAAGAAAAUAGAAAGAAAAGGAGAGACGGGCAGAAAAGAAACACGAAAAACGAAAAAGAAAAAUAAAGAGCGACGCCCCCAACCUUAUUACUGGAUUUCUGAGCGCGUUCGAAACGACCCGCACCGCGCGCGGACCGAACCCGCACCGCGCGCGGCGGCGAACCACAACCCGGCACCCGGCGCCGAACCGAAACCCGCACCGCGCGCGCGAAACGAAACCCGCACCCCGCGCGCGACCCCAAACUAGCACCCCGCACCGCGCGCGCGACCGAACCCGCACCCCCGCGCGCGAAACCGACACCGCACCCCGCGCGCGAACAGCAACCCGCACCGCUCGCGCGAACCGACCCGCACCGCGCGCGCGAACCGAAACCCGCACCCCUCAACCGCUCUCUCUAACCAACACGCACCUCGCUCUCUAACCUAACCGCACCUCUAUCUGUAACCGAACCCUCACCCUCCCGUCUCAACCUAACCCUCGCCUGCUCGCGACGAAACCCUCACCUCUCUCUAACCAACCCUCACCUCGCGCGCGAAACCGAACCCGCACCCAGCGCGCGAACCGUAAACCCGCACCGCGCGCGCGAACCGAAACCCGCACCGCGCGCGCGAACCGAACCGAGCGCCGCGCGCAAAAACCCCGAAACCCGCACCGCGCCGAACCGAACCGUACCGCGCGCGCGCGAACCAACCGCACCGCGCGCGAACCGAACCCUCACCCGCGCGCGUAACCGAACCCGCACCGUCGCGCGCGGCGAACCCCCAACAAUCACGCGCGAGAGAACGAAUCCCUCACCGCGGCUCGAACCUAACCCGCACCCCGCGGCGAACCCACCCUCACCGCGCGCUCUACCGAACCCUCACCGCUCUCUCGAAACCGAAAACCUCCCUCGCUCUAACCGGAACGAAGCGCAGCGCCGCGAACCGAACCCGAACCCGCGCGCGAACGAACCCGGGAACCGCGCGAUGCGAACCAACCCUGCACCCCGCACCUGCGCGCGCGACCGAACCGUAGAACCCAGGCGCGCGAACAGAACCCGCAACGCGAGCGCGAACCCGAACCCGCACCGGGGCCGCGCGCGCUGAAACCGAACCGCACCGCGCGACGAACACGAACCCGCACCCCGGCGCGGAAUCGACCGAACCCCACCCCGCGCGCGAAUCCGACCCGCACCCCGCGCGCGAGAACCGAACACGCGCGCCGCGCGCGAACCGAAACCGCCCCCGCGCGCGAAACGAACCCCGCACCCCCGCGCGCGCGAACGAACCCCGAACCGCGCGCGCGAACCGACCCGCCCCCCGCGCGCGCGAAACCCUGACCCAGGCACGCGCACGCGCGAACCAACCCGCACACCCUCGCGAGCGAACCGAACCGCACCCCCGCGCGGAACGAACCCGCACAGCGCGCUAGAACCGAACCCGCACCCCGCGCGCGCACCCAACCCGCACCGCGCAGCGAACCGAACCGCACCGCGCGCGCGAACCCAACCCGCACCGCGCGGAGCGCACCGACCCGUCACACCUCGCUCGAAACUAACCCUGCACCCUUCGCUCGACCGAACCUCUCGCCGCUCGCGAACCGAACCCCCGCACGCGCGCGCGCGAACCGAACCCGAACCCCGCGCGAGAACCGAAACCCGAACCCCGCCGCGAACCGAACCGCACCCCGCGCGGAACCCAACCCGCAAGCGCGCGCGAACCGAACCCGGCACGCGCGCGCGAAACGCCGAUACCCGGAACCCCGCGCGCGCAACCGAACCGGACCCGCCCGCGCGCGCAACCCCAACCCGCACCGCGCGCGCGAACCGAACCCGCACCGCGCGCGCGAACCGAACCCGCACCGCGCGCGCGGAACCAACCCGGCACCGCGCGCGUAACCAACCCGCACCGCGCGCGCGAUACCGAACCCGCUAACGCGCGCGCGAACCGAACCCAACCCGCACCGCGCGCGCGAACCGAAACCGCACCGCGAGCGCGAACCGAACCGAACAUGCGCCGCGCGAACCCAACCGCACCGCGCGCGCGAACCGAAACCCGCACCCCGCGCGCGAACCGAACCCGCACCCCGCGCGCGACCGACCGAACCCCGGCGCGAACCGAACCAGCACCGCGCGAGGCGACCGCUACCCGCAACCCGCGCGCGAACGGAACCCGCACCGGGCGCGGAGAACAAACACGCAACGCGCGCGCGAACCGAACCCGUAAAGCGGAGCGCGAACCGAACCGCACCGCGCGCGCGCGAAACCCAACCGCACCCGCGCGCGAACCGAACCCGCACCGCGCGCGCGAACCAAAACCCGCACCCCGCGCGCGCGAACCGACCACGCACCGCGAGCGCGAACAGAACCCGGCACCGGCCGCGCUAACGAACCGAGCCGAGCGCGAACAGCACCCGCACCGCGCGCGUCGAAACGAACCCGCCACCGCGCGCGCGAAACCGAACCCGCACGCGCGCGCGAACCUGAGCCCGCACCGCGCGCGCGAACCUGGAACCCGCACCGCGCGCGGAUACCGAACCCGCACCGCGCGCGCGAACCGAACCCGGCACCGCGCGCGCGAACCGACCCCAACCGCGCGCGCGAACCGAAACCCGCACCGCGCGAGCGAACGAACCCGCACCCCGCGCGAACAGGAAACCCGACCCGCGCGCGAAACGAACCCGCACCCCGCGCGCGAAACUGAACCCGCAACCCGCGCGCGAAUCCGAACUAGCACCGAGCGCGCGAAACCGAACCCGCACGCGCGCGCGCGAACCAAAACGACCCGCGCGAGAACCGAACCGCGCACCGCGCGCGCAACCGAACCUACCCCUCUCUAUAAACCUAACCCCUCACCUCUCUCUCUAACCUAACGCUCACCCCUGUCGGUUGUGUGUUAUCAGGUAUGUGAUCGGCACUUUAGAGCUCUUGGUAGCAGAGAACUAUAUGAUAGUGUAUCUGAACGGAGCCACGUCCAGGAAGAAGAUGCCCAGUGUGGGCUGGCUCAGGAAGGGCUACCAGCAGAUCAACCGC